UAUAGAUGUGAAUUCGUGAGAGCAGUUUUGUUUGCGUUUUAAUGUCUUAUGUGAUGCGCGCCGCCAUGACACUCAGGAAACGAGUUUUGUUCCUAAUUUCCUGUGUUUUAGUUGUUCGUUCUCAUCAGGGCCUACAGCUGACAAUGACCCCAAAUACACCUGAACCCCAUUGGCCCCAGUCGCAGGCUUUGUUUGCCGGUGAUUACCAUCGCGCUCUCCCAUUCACAGUCAACCAUAGUAGGACGAACUUCACCACUCUUUCGUCCAGUUUCCCGCGUAAACAUUCGGCACUGGAAUAAUUUCAACUGUUGAACCAGUUGCUUGGCCUUCAUUGUUUCACAAAUGGCCAGUAAUUGAACGAAAUUAUUGUGCUUGGGAUUUUUUACAGCUCGUUGUAUCAGCUGCCUGGCGAAAUUAUUCCCUUUUCUUCCCAAACACGGCCGGUGGUCAUCGUCUCGCGGGGAAGAUUUCCGCAGAUCUGCGGGGAAAUUUCCGUAAUCGAAACUGCUAGAAAUCGCAGGCAAUUCAAGAAGUGCCUUCUAAUAUACUGCUUCGACGAAUCUUGACUAAAUGUUUCUGCCGAGGAUACCAUCAGCUGUGUCACGACCCUUCCAUUCCUGCGAAAGCCGUCGAGCCGGAUGAGCCUUGGAUGUGCAGAUACUGUUCUGUAGGAGCGUUCUGCCCAUACCUUCAGAACCCCUUUGAGGCGAAAGACAAGAAACAGCCACUGCGCAGACGCAGAAUUCAUACGAUACGUAAAGAGGGCAGUUUAAGUUCGGGUAAUUCGACGGAGGACGAGGAUAGGAAAGGCCUUCCUCGUGAAAUGUCGAGUUACUUUUACUCGCUUCCUUCACAACACCGAGACGGACACAGAUCGCGUGGGCGUCCACCACUCAGCCACAACAGGCACCCCAGUGACAAGAAGACAGCCCGCGAGUCAUCCCGCGGGACGGUACGAACACCUGCGAGGACACGUGACCAGCACGUGGACAGGGAAAACGACAUGGAGUUGAGCUCUAGAAAAACCCAUGGAAGACACGGAGAGCGCACGGAAUCGCGUUUUCACUCCCCAGGGAGAUCAAAGUCUUCUGAUGAUCUAGCAGAGCCCGCUAAAGAUCGAUCGCGUGAGACAACGCCUACAAUGGAUCAAAAAGGAGAGGACUCGAGCAAAAAGAAUUAUCGUCGCGAGUUGCCGCGCGAGAAACAGCGCUUAACGCAGGAUUUAGCGAAGCAGAAGAGACUUCUAAGCGAGGACUUAGCAAGGGCUCAAACGUUACAACGGGCUCCCGUGAAGAGCGAGACUGGGGAUAGUGAGGAUUCCCCGAGGAGCCCCGCAAGCGACUGCUCCACCGGGCGAGAUUUGAGCAUGUACGAGAAAUGCUACGGAGGUUUAUCUCCUGAUAGUCAAAGCAGUGCGGCGAUUCCAGAAAAAGUUGAAAAAGCUACGGAUAAAAACAAGUGCGAUACUGUCGGGGAGUCGCUAUUUGAGCGCGUCCUGCAACGGAGUACACAGGAGAAUAAGAAAAUUGAAUUUGUCAGUGAUGACUCUUUGGGUAUGUGCGGAGGUGGUGGUAGCCAUAGCAACCACAUUUUGACUGACAGUAGCCAUGGUAACGUCACAAGGACCGAUAAAGUCGCUCUUCCAGUGGUCGAGAAUGUCACUGACGAUGAGCUUCCGGUGGAUGCUCGAAGUGUUGAACUGACUGUGAAUGGAGUUGCUUCGCCAGAUAACGUCCGGGAUGCCUGUGGUGAGAUGGAUAAAAACUCGACACAAAAUGUGGAUAAAUUGCCUGGGGAUGGAUCUGUUAACAAUUGCGCAUGCGCAGAUCAGCCAGAGGGGUAUUUGGUUAAUGGUAUUGACGAUAAGACCAAAUCGCCAAAAUCAGAUCACAGUAUCAAAAGUGACAUCAAAAUAUUGGAUAAUGACGAAGUUCAGUGUGAGCACUCGCAUAAGUACGGCAACGCGCAUGAAAGUGAUGAUCACGCAUGCGCAGAAUCUAAUUGUAAGGAUGACCAUUCAGAGAAAGAGGCUGAAGACAUGGACAAUAAUGAAGGAAAAAGCAGCACACUUUACGGACAGGAAUCGGACUCUAAUAAUGAAGGAAUGUCGGAUGCGGAGGAGUUGAGUGAUUCUGAGCUCGCCUCAUCAGGGCGGUCUAAAGUGAAACGAAAAAAGAAAAAGAAGUGUAAGUCCAAGUCCCCAACAAAGGCUGAUUCGCCUCAGAGACCGCUCAGGCGAAGCAAAUCGAGUAAAAGGAUCGGUCGCCCACCAAAAACAAAUAAGAAAUCUCAACCGCUUGAUUCGGACAGUGAAGAAAACGUGGAACAGCUUGAAGAAGAAGAAAACGCGGAAAACUUGGAUUCAGUUAAUAUCAACGAAGAUGUUGCGGGGGAUAGCAAGCGAAAGGAGGAAGAGAGAGGCGAGGGUGGGGAAGAAUUUUCCCCCGAGGAGGGUACUGAGGGUAGAGACGACGGUAGUCCCUCACAUCAGGAUUCAGACACGGAGGAUAACAGUCAGGAUAUUUUUUCCCUGACGGAGUCGGAACGGCUGGAGCUUGAGGAGCAAGGACGAAGGGAACGAGCUCGCAAGGAGAAGCGAAUCGCCGCGAGACACAAACGCAAAAGCGAGGAGAAGGACAGAGAUAAAGAACGCGCAACACCGCCUCAUUUGAUCAGCCAGAAUCGCUUUGCACGCGACCUGCCUAGGCACAACUGGCUGGUUGAGAGGCUACUGCAGCAGAAGAAAUUAGGGCAGGAAGCCCUGAAACCAGGAAGUGACGAGAAUCCAGAUAACGAAGAGGAGGAGGAAGGGGAGGAGGAGGGUGUCAAGGAGGAGGAGAAGGGGGAAGCAGAGGUAGCGGAAGAGGAGGCGGUACCAGUGGGUGUGGCACCUCCUAAUAAGGUAAAGCCCGUGGACGACCAGGAGCCCGGUAGCCCUCACAAAGACGAAUUCCAAUCUGAGCUUCACAAGAGCUUUCUCAGGAGGAGUUUCCCUUCUAAGGUGCCGCGAACACCGCCCAAGCUGAAGCCGUCAUCUCCUGACAACAACACCGGCGACAAGCCUGUGCCUCCUCCACUCAAACACAAGCUACAGCACAAGGAGCUCUCGGCGCUUGAACCUGUGCCCAAACUAAAGAAGAUUGUCACAGAGUCAGAGAAACCAGAGGAAACACCGGCAGAAAAACAGAGCGAGAGACCUGAGAGCCCCAAGGAAGGUGAAAACAACAAGUCGCAAAGCCCAAUAGAAAUCCUAGACGACGAGGAAGACAAGAGAAAUAAGUUCGGCGCAAGUGAAUCUCAAGACGGGAUCAAAACCGAGAGGUCCGAGUCACGGGAGGAUAGUGUUUCCCCGGAAAAGCGUUCAACGUUUUCUCCGGCCAAAAAAGGCAUCGCUUUCUCUCCGCCUAAAAAAGUCGCCCACUCGGUUAGUCCGACUCUGCCCGGAAGCGGAAGCGAGUGCGGUAGUCACGUUACGCCACAUCACAGAGCAGCAAUACUUAUUCCAGUUGUGCCGAUGCACGAUGUAAAUGGGGUCCCUAUUCCGCCGAGUAUGGGUCCUUCGUCACCUCACUUAAACGGACGCUCACCGAGAACAUUCACCCCUCAGUUGAUAACCCAUAAUGUCCCUUUCUCGAGUUCAGGCAUGUUUGGCUCUCCCCUUCCACCGAGUCGCUACACCGCGGGCUCAUGCAUGCACCAUAUGCUCCCUGGACACAAGGCCAGCCCGUGUAAACGCGACGUCAACUGCCCAUUUCAUGGAGCCUCGCCCCGCGGGAUGCCGCCCUCGGGAAUCCUCGGGCUCCCUUCGCAUCAUGGGAUGAUCCCUUCGUACGGUCAACAUGGACACGACUUCUCGCAAAUACUGGGAAGGGAACAACGGGAGUGCGAUAAGCCGCACUGCACAAGCGCUGAUUGCAAACUACGGCACGACAAGGGGUCGCCCAAGCCGCGCGACAAUGAACAGGGGGGCAGUGACAAAAUGGCCACGCCCAAAGUGGUGAAGCCUAUAGCGCACGUUCCUGGAAGGCGACCUCCACUAAUGUUGUCCCAUCUGCAGCAAAUCGGAGGGCGACCUCCCCAUGGUUUCGGCGAUAUCGACCCUCUGAUGGAAGAGAAGGCCCGGAGAGGAAUCGAGCCUCUUACAUCCCCACACGCAAUGAACAAAUCACCGGAGAGAUCUCCACGCGAGGGAGCUGACAGACGGGGGUUGCCCAUGACCCUGUCCGACUUGAACCGUAGGCGUGAGCAGGGCGUGCCUUCGGAAGGCCCAAUUCCCGGACUCAAGCGACCGGAUUUCUUACUGCCAUCUUUCGGGUCGCCCCCGGGAGGUCUCAGUAAACCUGGUUUAUUACACCCGAAGGAUGCUGUGAUGUUUUCGACCAUUCGCGGACAGCCUUGCGUUGUUUCCCAAGCGGAUAAGCGCGAUGCCAUUCGGCGAAUGGAGGAAAGAGAACAUGCUGCGUAUAUGGAAAAUCUGCUGAAGUCCGGCCCCCCACGGCUACGUCCACUUGAAGAGCACGCCAGAGAGCUUGGAGCGCUGAGAAACUACAGUGAUCAGAAGAAACGAGAAGAGAUGGCGAUGAGAGAGAGCUUCCUUGCGCGUGAACAAAACGCAAUGCUUUAUAGAAGAUUCGGCAAGGAGCACGCGGGAAUUCCGCCGGCGAAAUUAUUCGAUGAACGGUCCGUUCCUCCAGCUUCUAGAGAGUCCUUCAUUAACUCGCUUGCUAGAACCAAGGAGGCCGAUUUUCGGCUGCUUGGAGCCCAUGGCAAUUCGUCUAUCAUGAGUGGGAGGAGCAUGGAGGAACGAAAGACUAGUGUGGAGGAAGAAAAAGGGGGGCUUGAUGCGGAUAGCACUCGACGAAGCUCAUCUGCGGAUACGGAAAGGCGUGAGCGGGAAAUGCGCGAGGAUCAGGCGAUGAAGGAACUCGAUCGUCGACGCAACAUCGAACUGAUGCACGAGAAAGAGCAGGAAAAACGUAUGAACGCCGAGCGAGAGGCGAUUCGCAAUCAGGUGAUGGUGCGAGAAAGAAUGAAGGAACUACAUGGCGCAGAAGCGGAGAAGCAUUUUAACUUGUUUAGACACCCACGGGACACAUCACCGCCUCAGUUUCUACGCAGGGAUUUCUACUCGGACAGGCUAAUGGUUGGCGACCUAAUGCGGCCAGACCACCGCCUGGAUCUGAGGGCGGCGGCGCUGCAGGAUCUACAGAGACGUCACGAGGCUAUGAGAGCGGGAGAGGCAUCACACAGGGAACUACUGGGGAGAAUGGCCUCAUCACACAAACCUGGUCCCCCAGGCGAUCGUCCCGUACACCCAGAUGUCAGUCGGUCGCUAGGAGACGUUCGUAGCCACUCCCCCCUCACUGCAUCCCGCUCCUUUCCCCUGUCCAUGGCGUCCCGUCAAGCGAUGGACCGACUCGCUGCCGCUGCGGCCGGCAAGAGUACAUCUCUACUGAAGGAGCCCGAGAAAGACGUGUCUCCCCACAUCAGAGCGGAAAUGGAGAGAGAACGUGAUCGAGAGCGACAUCGUCUGAGUCUUGAGCAAAUCGACGCCAAUCGGCGGUUGCUUCACGCGGAGCUUAAAGACAAGGUUAAUCCACUAGUAUUGAACCGCGAUCUGGGGCCGCGAGACCGCGAGAAAGAGAUCGCGGCCCUUCGCGCGCGGGAGCGCCUUAUGACCAUGGAGCGCAUGAAUGAGGAGCGGAAACGCAAGCUAGACGAGCCUGAGGGGAUCCCAGGUAGGAGGAUGUCAUCCCCGCAAUUCGGACAUCCCUUGGACCGUGCGGAGUACGAGAGAGCAAAGAGACUCAAAACAGGCGUUGAGCCUCCCACGGGAAUGCCUCGGGUCCUACCCGCGGGACACCCGUUAGAGGGUAAACCAAAGGACGAUCGAGGUCGUUCUAUAGAGCUUGAUCUCGGCAAGCCUCCAGGCGCAGUCAUGGAUCGUGAAAUAUGGAUGCGGGAACGAGAGCGCGCCUUACGGGCGCGGGAGGAACUUUCCCGUAUGAAGGUGGGGCUUCCCCCGCACGUUCAGGGUUUCGGUACACCCAAAGACAGGCCGGACGGUCCCCCGCGAGAGGGCGUGGCACGCCCCAAGGGGGAAGAAGAUGGUGUGAAUCUGUGUUCGGUGUGCAAGAGAGAUGCGUCGUUCUUGUGCUCUGGAUGUCAGGGAGCGUGGUACUGCAGUGCCGAGUGCCAGUUAUCCGCCUGGAGCAAACACAGCCGAGACUGCGGUCAAUCCCAGAGACAGUGAUGUAUUCAGUGGCCACUACAAGCACACGCAUGCGUCAAAAUUUAGAAUUAUAUUCUUGGGAACUUACUCCCAUAUAUAUACGAAUGGGAAAAAGAAUUGAACGCUUAAUGAUGUUCGUGAAGCUCACAUAGAAAACACUUCUUAAUUGUACAUUAUGUUAGAAAUGAAGCCCAUUUAGAUAUUUAUUUAUGUAUUUAUUCAAUCUUAUGCACCUUAGGGGUUUAUAAAAGCGUUAUUUUUUCGAAAUGUGUGCAUAUUUUUGUCGUAUUUUUUACUUUAAAUAUCAAUGUAGGAAAACAAAUAACGUUAAUUGUUGUAGUAUAUGGCUUCAAAAAGUCAUGUAAUCGGUUUUAGUUUGUUUGGUGUAACCUUAUACGGCUGAAAUUCAGUCAUCAAAUUAUCUAAAUGAAUGACACUGCCUAGGUGUCAAAUCCCAAAGUAUUGAUUCAACGGUGAGUCGUGUUUAUAUGACAGGUGAAAGUAACUUCGAGCUCUCAUUGGCUCGCUGUUUUCCAAAUAUUAUUUUAGAUCAAUGAGCGUUCAUAGUUUCAGUCACGUGACAUAAAUGCUGCCUUACCUGACGCAAUCAACCUCGUUCUUAGGGUCUCAUUGGGACGAGGCUUUGAUGCAGUUGAGCAUGCACUGGCUGGUGAUUGUCUUGCGGUGAAUACCAAAGAGCAUGCGCAAUAGAAUCACCAACUUUUGGUGCCAAUGGAAUAAUGAGAAAUAAUAAGUAAGUUAAUUUUGAGUUAAGUUUGUGUUUUCUCUAUUUUUUACAUUUAAGAGUCAUGCCUUGUCAGCAGAUACGCGUGAUAUUUAUUCGUAGUAUUUAUUUCGUGGCAUGUAUUGGUAUCAGAUAAUGAGGACUUUACUCACAACGCAUUAUUUUUUCCUCCAGAAUUAAAGAAUUUCGGUGCGAUUCAUAAAAAAGUCGUAAUGCUCAGUUUAAUCCUGUUUGACUCUUAAGCCUGCUGUAAUAAGGCAGUGGGUGCGUAUCGAAUUGUUUUGGUGUAAUGGAGGCCUUGUGAAUUGUUCAUACUAAUAUACGUGUACGUAAAACUGUAUAUGUAUUUGAUAUUUCAUGUCUGGAAAUAAAAACAAAUUUGUUUUACACACA